AUGUUCGGGAAACCAGACAAAAUGGACGUUCGGUGCCACUCGGACGCAGAGGCUGCCCGGGUCUCGAAGAACGCGCACAAGGAGAGCCGGGAGAGCAAAGGCGCGGAGGGGACCCUCCCUGCCGCCUUCCUCAAGGAACCGCAGGGCGCCUUCUCCGCGUCGGGCGCCGCAGAAGAUUGUAACAAAAGUAAAUCCAAUUCAACCGCCGAUCCGGAUUACUGCCGCCGGAUCCUGGUCCGAGAUGCCAAGGGGUCCAUCCGAGAGAUUAUUCUGCCCAAGGGCCUGGACCUGGAUCGGCCCAAGAGGACGCGCACGUCCUUCACCGCGGAGCAGCUCUACCGGCUGGAGAUGGAGUUCCAGCGCUGCCAGUACGUGGUGGGCCGAGAGAGAACCGAGCUCGCCCGGCAGCUCAACCUCUCCGAGACCCAGGUGAAGGUCUGGUUCCAGAAUCGGCGCACGAAGCAGAAGAAGGACCAAGGCAAAGACUCGGAGCUGCGCUCGGUGGUGUCGGAGACGGCGGCCACGUGCAGCGUGCUGCGGCUGCUGGAGCAAGGCCGCCUGCUGUCGCCGCCCGGCCUGCCCGCGCUGCUGCCGCCUUGCGCCACCGGCGCGCUCGGCUCGGCGCUACGCGGGCCCAGUCUGCCGGCCCUGGGCGCGGGCGCUGCCGCGGGCUCGGCCGCCGCCGCCGCCGCCGCCCCGGGUCCCGCAGGCGCCGCGUCCCCUCACCCGCCGGCCGUGGGCGGCGCUCCGGGCCCCGGGCCCACCGGGCCAGGGGGACUGCACGCGGGCGCCCCGGCUGCCGGCCACGGCCUCUUCAGCCUGCCCGUGCCCUCGCUGCUCGGCUCCGUCGCCAGCCGCCUCUCCUCCACCCCGUUGACAAUGGCCGGUUCGCUGGCCGGGAAUUUACAAGAACUCUCCGCGCGAUACCUGAGCUCCUCGGCCUUCGAGCCUUACUCCCGGACCAACAAUAAAGAAGGGGCCGAGAAAAAAGCGCUGGACUGA